GUUGGGUGUGUGUGUGUGUGUGCUCGCGAGUGCGCGCGCCCGACUGACCACAGGUGGUACUCAGAUUACCCUGCCUGUACUGUUCUCUGUUGCAGAUCGCCUGCCAGGGCCUGGGCGUGUAUAGUUCAGCCAGCUACAAAAUCCAAAUUCUCAAGAGCACACGGAGGGGGAUAUGGAAUUUGGACUUUUCUGAACAACUAAGUAGAGCGUGGAAUAUACAAGUCCAAUAGAGAGAGCACAAUGGAUGACCAACAAGGUGCCAGAAGCGGCGGUCGGACCCUGAGGCUGGGAAGCACUUCGGACACCAUACUCUUCACAAGUCCGUUGAUGGGCGGGACAUCAGUGCCAGAAGUGGCCUUGAUCUCAAGCUCUCUCCCAAGACUGCUGGAUGUCGUAUCUGAUUGGUCCCCGAUGCAUGAUGCUGCCAUCCACGGACGCCUGCUGUCCCUGCGGAACCUCCUGAGCCAGGGAUGGCCUGUGAACCUCAUCACUGCAGACCAAGUGUCACCCCUUCAUGAAGCCUGUCUCGGAGGCCAUGCAUCUUGCGUCAAUCUUCUGCUCAGUCAUGGAGCUCGGGUGAAUGGCACCACUGUCGACUGGCAUACUCCCCUGUAUAAUGCUUGUGUCAACGGCAACCGGGAGUGUGUGGAUCUGCUGCUUCGGCAUGGGGCCAGCCCACACCCUGUGAAUGAUGUGGCAUCCCCUAUGCAUGAAGCUGCCAAAAGAGGGCACUUAGAAUGCAUAGAAUCUUUGAUAACUUACGGGGGAGACAUUGACCACAACAUCAACCACCUUGGCACUCCUCUUUACCAAGCUUGUAAACAUCAGCAGAUAGCCUGUGCCAAGAGGCUUCUGCAGUCAGGAGCCAAUGUUAACUUAGGCAGAGGACUGGAUUCCCCUCUUCAUGUCGUGGCCAGAGUGUCCAAUGAGAAGAUGACAUCUAUGCUUAUGGAUUUUGGAGCUGACAUGCAAGCCAAAGACAUCGAAGGCAAACGUCCUGCAGAUCUGGUGCCUCCAGAAAGCCCUGUGACGCAGAUAUUCAUGGAGAGAGAAGGGCCUCCUUCUUUAAUGCAGUUGUGUCGGCUGAGAAUUCGGAAAUGCUUUUGUAGCCACCAACAUUAUAAGAUAGCCACACUUUUCCUCCCAGAAGAGCUGAAAGAAUAUCUCUUGCACAUUUAAUUGUGACGACGAUGGCUAGUAAACAACUGGAAAACAGUACCAAAUAUUGUGUCCUGAACGUCAAAUAAAGCUAGACCUAAAGGAGCUUG